AUGGCUUCUGCUCCAAGCCAGACCCGUCUCGACGGCUUGGACACAUCCUCCCUCUCCGAAAAAGACCUCCGCAUCUUCCGCCUCUACGGCCGUCUCCCCGCCGGCGCCAAACCCUCCCGCUCCUCCUCCCUAGCCUCCUCAACCUCCACCUCUCCUUCCACCUCCCCACCCAACUCAGGCUCAUCCCUCCAAUCCGCCACCACCACUUCCAGUACAACAGCAAACGCAGCAACCACCCGCUUCACCCGCCACCUCAAAGAUCGCAAAUACUUUGACUCGGGCGACUACGCCCUCUCCAAAGCCGGGCGGGGCAACAGCGUGGAUGUAGGCACGAUUGGGUCUGCGCACCCCGCCCCUGAACAGAUUCCGCAUCCGAGUCCGUUGUCGAUUAUGCAGAGGAGGAGGGGGUCAAGUGUUUGUAGUGGGGUUAGUGGGAGUGUUCCUGGUUUGGGAGGGAUGGGAGGUUUUGAGGACGAGGAAGUGAUGGGAGAGUUACCUGGUUUUGGUGGUGGUGGUGGUGGUUGGGGUUGCUGGAGUAGGAAUGGAAAUGGGAAUGGUGCGGGGAAUGGGAGGUAUAGGAGGUCGAGUUUGAGUGCGGCGGUUAUGGGUGCUGGUGGCGGGUUUGAUGAGGAUGGGGAGGAGGGCGGUGGUGGUGGGAGGAGAUAA